UCUUGCCCUUUAAAUCCUAACCGCGUUGCUAUUGGCUAGGAAGCCUCCGGCCUGGCUGCGGAUUGGCCACAGUGGAGGGCUUGAAAUGUGGCUGGGCGCUUCGGACACCUCAGACGGACGGUGGCCACCCCAAGACGCGCCCCAGCCCGCCAUGGCCCGGAUCCUUCGGGCAUCCUGCCUCCUGUCCCUGCUCCUGGCCGGGUUUGUUCCGCCGGGCCGGGGACAAGAGAAGUCCAAGACAGACUGCCAUGGCGGUAUGAGCGGUACCAUCUACGAGUAUGGAGCCCUUACCAUCGAUGGGGAGGAAUACAUUCCUUUUAAGCAGUAUGCUGGCAAAUACAUCCUCUUUGUCAACGUAGCCAGCUACUGAGGUCUGACAGACCAAUACCUUGAACUGAAUGCACUACAAGAAGAACUUGGCCCAUUCGGCCUGGUCAUUCUGGGCUUCCCUUGCAACCAAUUUGGCAAACAGGAGCCAGGCGAGAACUCGGAGAUCCUGCCUAGUCUCAAGUACGUUCGACCGGGUGGGGGCUUUGUGCCUAAUUUCCAGCUCUUUGAGAAAGGAGACGUGAACGGGGAGAAAGAGCAGAAGUUCUACACUUUCCUGAAGAACUCCUGCCCUCCCACUGCGGAACUCCUGGGCUCACCUGGCCGCCUCUUUUGGGAACCCAUGAAGAUCCAUGACAUCCGCUGGAACUUUGAGAAGUUCCUGGUGGGGCCAGAUGGCAUACCAAUUAUGCGCUGGUACCACCGGACCACAGUCAGCAACGUCAAGAUGGACAUCCUGUCCUAUAUGAGGCGGCAGGCAGCCCUGGGGGCCAGAGGGAAGUAACUGAUGCCCUACCCCACCCCACCCCAUCCCCUGCCCAUCAUGCAAGGGCUGGGGAGGGGCUCUUCAGGAAGGAAGCAAAAAACGGAAUCAUUCUACACAUACAUCCCAGAUUCCCUUCCUUAUUACAUAAAAGACAAGCUUGGCACAACUGUGUGCCUGUACCACUGUGCACACGUGGCAACUGUCCCACUGUGUGCCAUGCACUGCCUGCCUGGAACCCAGGGACAGACCAUCUGUGCUCACGGUUUGGUACAACACCUUCACACUUUCUCCAGCUUCCCGUUCCAAAUGAGCCCAAAGCAAACACAAGUUCUAAGUCCAAUGGUCCUGCUCAAACCUGAACAUCAUUCUUGGGGCCAGCAUCUCCCAUAUGCCCACAUGACACAUCCGGGCUCACUAUGCCACCAGCCUCCUUCAUCCCUCCUGAAGGACCCUCCUAAGUCUCCAACCCCAUCCCACAGUGCUCCUGAGAAGAGCCGAGACAAUGGUGAGCACGAUGGCCAUGUGCUCCAAGUCAGGGGUGGUGUCUCCAUGAAGGAGGGGCCCGAAGCCCUUGUGGGCGGGCCUCCCCUGAGCCCGUCUGUGGUGCCAGCCCUUAGUGCAUUCAGGCUUAGGCUCCCAGGCAGGGACACCAUCCCCCUCUCUGGAGGACAUGCCUUCUUCUCACUCUGUCCACUGGCAUCUCUCGCACCCCAUCUGCCCAAUAAACGUCUUUCUGCAGCA